CCCGUAACCAAACCCCUCCUUUGUGUCUUUGGCGCCGUUCCCUAUAUAAAGAGAAACGAAGAAACCCCUCAAUUAUAUCUUCAAUUUAGAACUGUUCGGACCCCUGUAUUUAUCCCCUCAAACUUUCCCCAUCAUGGAAAUAGCAAAGAGACUCACCCUGGAGCUCAGAAACAGGAAUGCCAGUGAGGUGAAGGAGAUGGUUUUGGAUAACUGCCGGUCAGAUGAUGGGAAGAUUACUGGCCUCACUUCAGAGUUUUCAAACUUGGAGUUCCUCAGCAUGAUAAACAUCAACUUGGUAUCUGUUGCAAACCUCCCAAAGCUUCCCAGAUUGAAGAAGUUGGAGCUCAGUGACAACCGCAUCUCAGGAGGACUAGAGAUUCUGGCAGAAAAGACUCCAACUCUGACAAACUUAAACCUCAGUGGAAACAAGAUUAAAGACAUUAACACUCUAGAACCACUUAAGAAACUACCUCAUCUCACAAGCUUAGACCUAUUCAACUGCGAAGUGACAAUGUUGAACAACUACAGAGAGAGUGUCUUUGAAUUGUUGCCGCAACUUACAUUUCUAGAUGGUUUUGAUGCAGAUGACCAGGAAGCACCAGACUCAGAUCCUGAAGAUCUGGAGGAAAAUGGGGAAGAUGGAGAUGAAGAGGAGGAUGAGGAGGAAGAUGAAGAAGAACUUGAGGAAGAGCUGGAAGAUGAAGAUGAGCUUGAUGAUGAAGAGGAAGAUGGCGUAGAAGAGGAGGAGGAUCUUGAAGAGGAAGAAGGAGAGGAUGAGGAUGAGGAGGAAGAUGCUCCCCAGGGUGAAAAAAGGAAAAGAGAUCUGGAAGAUGAGGGUGAUGAAGAAGAAGAAGAUGACGAUGAUGAUGAAUAAGGCCCGAACAUGCUACUGGAUCUUUUUUUAUUAUAUGGACUUUCUGGGCUGGUUACCAGUGCAUGUGGUAUUGCCAGCUGUCUGGCCACUGCAUCCUGUUGUCAGCUGCCCUUUUUCAUUUAUAUAUACACUUUGUUUUUGUUUAGAUGUCUAGGGAUGAGAGAGAUGACUUAUUUCUGUAUUGGUCUGAGUGAGGUGUGUGCUAUUUUUUUUUUUUUUUUUUUUUUUUUUUUUUUUCCCUUCAGUUUGCGGCUUUAUUUAAAAUAAUGGCCGUCUGUGGCUAUUCACGGAGUCAGAUAGUAGGUCAUAAUAUGAAAUUUAAUUUUCUUUUCAUUUUUUUUUUUUCUCUUUUGGUCCUGGAAUUUUCUGUGAAAAUUCUAUGGUUUCUCUAAUCUGUGAAUGGUUUAUGCUGUUUUAAAUUGAGUUUGAUCCAAAGACCAUCUCCCUUCUACUCUCGUGCAUUAGACAUGUUCUUUUUGGUCAUGCCUUAAUCUUUUGUCCUGCUGUGUUCAUCCCCAGACUCAUGUAAUUUUGUUUGAGAAUAACUUGCGUAUGUUGGCAAUAAGAGUAAUGCUCAGAAAAGAAACUUGAAGAUUAUUUGUGUUCAACGUUUUAGUUAACAGUUUUUCCGAUUGUCUUUCUGUGCUUUUCCUCCCAUUGGGAUGCUAAACUCUGCUCCACCUUACAAGGAAAGCUUUUGUGGAUUUGAGACUUCAAAAGCCAAUUCCCAGUUUGUAAACUUCAGGUGCAGUAAUUUAUGCCAGAAAUAUAUAUACAUUUUUUAAUUUUUUUUUUUUCCCAUGGUGUCCUCUUGUAGAAUGCUGAACUUUUUGGCUAGAGGGGAAAUUUUAUAACUGGAAGUUGGUAAGACUGUGUUUUAAUCCCACAGUCAACACAUGUUUUGGACUGUUCAUGCAAUCUUAAUAUUCAUUGAUUGGCACAAUAUGUAUUUUUUUUGGAGGUCCAAGUAAAAGAUAGAGUGACAUGUAGUUCAUAAGGACGGGAAGGCUUGUCAUAGUUCUGGUAUAUGAAUCCUAACACAAUAUUGGCAUUGCACAAAUGGGGUUACUGCAUCCCAGUCACUGUAUAGAAAUUGUUUUAUGAUUCCACCUGAGCUACUCGUAUUUCAGCAGGCCUAGUGACAUUCCUCUGCUGCCUUUGACAAAUUGACAAUACUAUUUGACAAUAGAAAACAAAUUUAAGAGCUGUAGUUAUUCAUGUUUAGGGUUUAAUACUUCUGUUGCAAUUUUGAGUUAAGGCAAUGUCCCAUAAGAAUAUUAAAAACAAAACAAACCUA